GUCACAUGAUCCACUCUCCCCUCCUCCCAAUUGUAGUCAUGUGACUGUGAUGUCAUCAGACAGCUGCCAGCAGUCAGCAUGGAGGAAGACACAGAAUCACACAUGUCUGAGGUGUCAGAUGGAUUCCAGGUCCUGCUGGAUGAUCAGAGGAAGGAGGGGGCUCCACACUGUCCUCAUGGCCCAACACUAUUAUUUGUCAAGACCGCUAAAGGGAAGGAAGAUGGUAGGAGAUUCUAUGCCUGCUCAGCCUGCAGAGAUAGAAAAGACUGUAAAUUCUUCCAGUGGUCAGAUGAAAAGGUUUCAGAAGCCAAACGGGAGGCUAGAGAAGAAUAUAACCGUAGCUGUCAGCCUCCUAUGUCCCAUGACCAGUACAUGAUAAGGUUUCAAGAAUUCAUUGGGCUUCCUCUGGCAAAAAGGAAAUUUUGUCAAGACUGCCAGCAGCUCUUGUUGCAGAAUGAGUGGGGGGGACAUUCAGGUCAUCAUAUUGUUGGUGAUAUUUCUGUAUCCCAAUUGAGGAGACCCAGUCAGCUCCUCCAUCCACUGGUGAACAAGAAGAGCAAUGCACAAUACCUAUUCACCGACAGAAGCUGCUCCUUGCUGCUGGAUACCAUCAUCAGCCUGGGCUGCAGACGGGUUCUGUGUGUGGGCACACCAAGAUUGCAUGAAUGGAUCAGACAUCAGGCUUGUGAUGAAGGCUCCAAGCUGAAGGUAAAGAGUCUGUUAUUAGACAUUGAUUUCAGGCAUUCCCAGUUUUACAGCAAAUAUGAUUUUUGUCACUACAACAUGUUUAACCAUCAUUUUUUUGGUGGAGAGGCUCCAAAGGAAAUAUGUCAGAAUUUCUUGCAGCAAGAUAAUGGCGAAGGGAUCAUCAUGGUGACUGACCCACCAUUUGGAGGUUUAGUGGAACCAUUAGCUUUCAGCUUUAAAAAAAUUAGUGAGAUGUGGAGAACACCAUCAAACACAGAACGUUCCAUUGAGCUGCCCACAUUUUGGAUUUUUCCCUACUUCUUUGAACCUCGUAUUCUGCAGUCUUCUCCUGGGUUUGCCAUGCUGGAUUAUCAGGUGGACUAUGAUAACCAUACUGUAUACAAACAUGGGAAGACUGGAAGGAAACAAUCACCAGUCCGUAUUUUCACCAAUCUUUCACCUGAAAAAAUUGUGCUUCCUGCAAGUGAAGGCUACAGGUUCUGUUCACUGUGUCAGAGAUAUGUGUCCUCAGAAAAUAAGCACUGCAAAACCUGCAACGCUUGUCCCUCCAAGGAUGGCAGAAAGUGGAAGCAUUGCACCUUAUGCAAUAAAUGCGUGAAACCUUCCUGGGCUCACUGCUCUUCCUGUGACCGGUGCUGUCUACAAGACCAUCCCUGCGGCGGUGCUGUGGGUGGCUGUUUUCUCUGUGGAGAUGGUGGCCACAAAUGGAGAAACUGUCCAACUCGACUCGCAUCUGAAAGACAUAACAAAAAGUCAGUAUUGAUCGUAGUACACUAUAUUGGGGUCAGUUGUACAAUCUGUGUAAUAUCCUAUACAAUCCAAUGGCCACACAGGCGCACUUGGGGUAGUUGACCACAAGAUGGAGCU